AUGAUUGAGGGAGAGAUUGAGGAGAAGAACUCGUUUGACUCGAUGUUUGGCCACAAUUUGGCCACAAAUGAGACAAUUGUUGGCAACGAUCGCAACGCCAAUAGAUUUUACUCAAUGCCCGCUUCGGAGUCGUUGUUUGGUUUGAGUGAUGUCGACCUCAGGUUUGAUCCAAACGCCAAUGCCUUCAAUGAUUGCGAUGAAAGACUUGUCGCCAACACAUCCGGUCGACAAAGACAUGAAAACCCGAAUGCAAUUUACGCCAGAAAUGCCAAUAUUUUGAACAGUAAUUUGAGACCACAUCUGAAUGAAUCGAUUCCCAUGUCUUUCAGUGGCAAUCGGUUUGAUUCUCGACCUCCGAUGCCUUCAUUUCUAUCCGCUUUCAGACCCGAGAAUUCAAUGCCGUUUCGAAUGCGACCACAAAUGCCUUCAAUGAAUGCAUUGCUUCCGACACCAAAUGCUAUGCCUUUAAGACAUUUACCACCGAAUCAAUUGUUUCGACCGAUUCGACCGCCAAUUGGUCCAGACUUUGAUGCCUCUAAUUAUCGUCAUUCGCCGCAACAGUUUAUCAAUUGUAAUCCAUGUCCGCCGCCAACGAUGCCAUACAUGUCUGAUCCACUACUUCAGGGCCGGACCCACACUCCCGAAGCCAAAGGUGUGACCUCUUUCGUGAUCUCAAACGACAGUCACUCAAACAUUCCGUUCAUUUGUGACACCAAUGAAAAUGCAGGCCAAAGACCCGAAGAGACAAUAGUGUUGGAGACGGACAAUGAUAUAACCGAAGUAGAGAUGCCCGACGCCGCGGAUCUCUCGCCAUACGAUCCCGAAGAAGACAUCACUUAUUUGUGUACAAUUUCUCCCACAAAAGACAGUCAAAGUGUUAAACAAAAUAAUAGUAAUUUGAGUUUGAAUGAGAAGAAGAAGAGUGAAUCCAAUACCAGAACAGGUGUGAGGAAUGAUAGCGCAAAACAGGCCGAAAGGCUUAACCGAAAGCGAUCAUCAAAUAAGAUCUCAAAACCACUGACCCCUCGACGAGACAAUCGAUUGAAAUCUUCGCAAACGAGCAAAUCUUCGUCCAAAAGCAUUGUUCAUAAGAAGAUGUGCCGAAAAAAUGUUCAUAAAAGUAGACGAGAGACCAAAAGAGUUGCCAAACGGCAAGUCGUUGCGUAUAAAGUGGAGCAAAGGUUCGCCGAUUUAAGACCCAAACCACGGAAUAAUAUGAAUGAAUCCUCUUAUGAAGAUUUACUCGAAGAAUACGAACGAUUGAAAGACCAGUUGAAAGAGUUGGAAAAUGAAGAGAAAAAUAACGAAACGAUUGUCUCUGUUAUUGAUGUGGAAGAGGAAGAAAACAUUGCAAAACUCGUCAAAUCGGAUGAUAUUUUUGAAAUAAGCAAUGAAUCCAAAGAAAAUGAAGAGAAUGACAGAGAAGGCGACGACGAAGAGCACGAAUUGCGACGACUGGCGCUCGCGUCCAAAAAGAAGAGGGAAAUCCAAGAGCAAGAGAACGAAGAGCUAAGGCUUAGGCAACAAUUGCUGAACGCUUUGCACAAAUCCAAAGCCAAACUUAAAUCUGAGUCUCCUGACGACUGGCGCUCGCAGCAAGAGAACGAAGAGCUAAGGCUUAGGCAACAAUUGCUGAACGCUUUGCACAAAUCCAAAGCCAAACUUAAAUCCGAGUCUCCGGUCAAUCAAAAAGACGGCAAAGAAAUGAAUGCAUUGAUUGUUGACAUUGACUCCAAUCCAAGCGAACAGAACUCUAAUUCGGAGUCUAUUUUUGUAAAUCGUUCUGAAGUGCAAACUCCUGUUAACGUGAAUUCAGAAAUUGAAAACAUUAUCAAAACAUCGGAUCAAAUACCUCUCAAACCCAUUCCUAAACUUAUAAUCAAUUUUGGCGACGACUCGACUGAUGAGGAGCAGGACAUUAACGGCAACUCAUUCAUCGAUAACGUUCCCCAAGGAUUGGACUCAUUCUUAAGACAAGCGCGACUCAGAUCAGAGCCAAAGACAAAGUCUGGCCAAUCAUUGCUUGUGCUGUCGAACGCACGACAGAAAGAACUGCAAGAAUUAAGAGCUGAGAUCAAGAGAAGAGAACUAAACCUAAUCAAUGAUAAGAAACUUCACGAAAACGAGUUGCUAUUGAAAUCAGCGAAUGAAACAUUAAUGGAAAGGAUUUCAAAGAGAAAUUUGCUUAAAAAUAGAGUUACAUUAAAGAGGAAUGCGUUACGAAAGGCACAGAUUCAGGCGCGCAAAAUGCAAGAGGCUUUCAUUGCGGCCACUCGUGUCGUGUCGGCCACGGCUUCAGAAUUUCAUUCAUUUAACGACGAACUCAAGAAUAUUGAAGUAGACGUCAAACAAGAAAUUAAUAACAUUAACAACUAUAAGAAGGAAUGCCUGCGAAUGGGAACUAAACUCAAAGGAGUGACAUAUAGGCUGCCGACCGGCGCCUCCUUUAGGCGCUCGAAUAGCACUUCUAUUAGUUCUAACAAAAAAGAUCCAAAAGUAGAAAACAAUAGUCUUCUGCGGGAAGAUGUGGCCACAGAAAUGAAAAAGCGUUUACAACAGGAACUGAUGCAGAAGUUGGAGAAUUGUUCAAAACUAUUGAAUCUCAAGAAAGCCAAUCAUUUGAGACCCUCUUCGCCGAACCCUUUUGUUCUUAAAACCACUCAAAAUCUUUUGGGCUCUUGUAAUGACGAGAAAUGUUUGGGACAACACAUCAAUAAAUGUCUAUUAAAUCCGACCAACAAAAUAGUGGAUCUCUUAUUAUAUGAGCCAAAGAUAGCGGGAAUUGCAUCGGAAAUACCGGAACGAAUUGAUAAUGAAUUGAAGCGAUCGAAACAACCCGUUGUGUGUCUUAUGACACGACGUAUUCCCAAACUAUUCAAUACACCCAAACUGGACGUCCCUUUCGAUGAUCUUAUGUAUCGCUUUAAUAUUAAAGACAAGACAUUAGUUAUAAAUAAGACGACAAUAUCUGAAUUGAAAUUGUCUGCCGAUCCGGACAUCUAUAUUAAGAAUCGAUUUUUCGCACCCGAAGGAGUGCCCAUUAGUGCACAGCUCGAGACAACAUUAGCUUCAGAUCCGAGCAAUAUUCAGUUGUGGUCGUCGAGUUUGCGAAAGCUUUGGAAACCACUUCCGAAGAAACUUCACUUGAAUAAAGCUAUCAAACACUGCGAACUCAACGAUGAAAAUGCCUUAAUUUCGGACCAAAACUUUUUGUAUAUAUUAUAUCUGGAAAUGGAGUGCAAUUGUAGUCAACAAAUAGAUUCCGCAUUUCAAAAGGCAAUAGCUCUGAGUUCUGUCGACGGAACCGAUUCCAAAGAUUUACAACUUCUAUGGUCUAAGUAUACCAUCAGUUCAUUAAUUUAUUUGGAAUUUUGUGUUAAAAACAUGAAAAACGAGAAACAGUUUAUGGAUUUGUUUGAAUCUGUGAGACACUGUUGUCUUACAAUAUCUGAUCCGUCAUUUCAGUCACAAGUGAUUAAAUUCUUGUGCCAAAUGUUGUCGAAUGAGGAGAAGUCGAAGGCAUUGAUUCAGUUCGCAAAAGCCAUUGGUUUGUCUAUAGAAAGAGACGAUCACUUAUCGGUGCAUAAGUUCUUCCAAAUCGCCAUCUCUUUAAUGCCCUAUAACUCCAUUAUAUGGCAAAACUUCAAGACAUACGAGACAUUGAUCCGAGAUCAUCUGUCAUAA